GUGGAACAGGGCCCUGGUCGCUGCACACGUCUUUUUCCGCCUAGGUCAUGACCUUUCGGAAACGGGGAAACGGAGAGUAAACAAGGUCACGUGACCUUGAUAACGUGCCGAUCACAUGAUUACAAAAUGGCGUCUCGCACAGGUUUUGUACCCUCGCUGUUCCUCUUCGUUCUUUGCGUAGGUUUCAUCGAAAACAUUCGUUAUGAACCAACUUGGGAAUCACUGGAAUCGAGACCAUUGCCUAAAUGGUUUGAUGAAGCAAAGUUCGGAAUCUUCAUCCACUGGGGCGUUUAUUCAGUGCCAAGUUUUAGUACAGAGUGGUUUUGGAGUCAGCUGAUGAAUGGCGAUCCGGCCGUUGUGAAGUUUAUGCAACAGAAUUACAGGGACGAUUUUACCUAUGGAGAUUUCGCUCCACAGUUUACGGCAGAAUUUUUCAACGCGGACGAAUGGAUGGAACUUUUCCAAGAUUCCGGAGCGAAGUACAUUGUGUUUACAACCAAGCACCAUGAUGGCUUCACAAUGUGGCCGUCCAAUGUGUCUUGGAACUGGAACUCCGGAGAUGUCGGUCCCGGGAGAGAUAUUGUUGGGGAGCUAACUACUGCUCUGCGAAACAAGACUGACCUGAAGCUUGGCCUCUAUCAUUCCCUGUUCGAGUGGUAUAAUCCACUGUGGCUCCAAGACCAGGCCAAUAACUUCACCACCAAUAACUUCGUAACUAGGAAGACGUUGCCAGAGUUGUACCAUCUGGUCAACACGUACCUGCCCGACAUGAUUCACUCUGACGGAGACUGGGAGGCGACGGACACCUACUGGCAGUCUAAGGAGUUCUUUGCCUGGAUGUACAAUGACAGUCCCGUGAAGGAGAAUGUGGUCAUCAAUGAUGCCUGGGGAAUCAACUGUACAUGUCGCCAUGGCGGCUUCUUCAACUGUCAGGAUAAGUUUAAUCCACACACACUCCAGCCCUUCAAGUGGGAGUGUCAGACGUCCAUUGACCCCAUUUCCUGGGGGUUCCGGCGUAACAUGAAAAUCAAGGAAUUGAUGACCACAGAUCAGAUAAUCUCCAACAUGGUGGAGGUGAUCAGCUGUGGGGGCAACUACCUCCUCAACAUCGGGCCGGAGCCGGAUGGCAUGAUCUCGGCUGUGUUCAAGGAGAGACUGCUGGACCUGGGGACCUGGCUGGGGGUCAAUGGAGAGGCCAUCUACACCACCCACCCCUGGGUCUAUCAGAACGACUCCAUCACCCCCAAUGUCUGGUACACUUCCCGGGAUGGACCAACUGGUCAGAUUGUGUACGCCAUUGUCCUGGACUGGCCUGAGGGUGCAACCUUGACCCUUGGCUCCCCUGACCCUGAGGUCGGCACAGCAGUGAGUAUGAUUGGCUACGAAGGGGAGUUCACAUGGCAUAGGAACGGCAUGGACGGCAUGGACAUCGACAUCCCAGCUAUCCCUGCCAACAGGAUGCCCUGUGACUGGGGCUGGGUCUUCAAGAUAACUGGUCUCAUCAACUAAUUGAAAGAAGUGUCCUUAAGAUAUGCACUGUGUUCUUCUCCACUUCCUCAUGGCUGAUGAUUGCAUAAUGGGGAAUUUGUUUCCUGUGAAUACCAUCUUCCUGAGGCAAGGGAGUUUACUGACUAUAAAGUCCAGUUUCCACCCUUGACAAACAUGAUUGGAAUUUAGUGGCUACUACAGGUUAUGUCCCUUCUAUAUCCCUCAUAUUGACCAGUCAGAUUCCACCUCUCAUAUCAUUUGCAUUUACUUUAAAUAAAAUGGCAGCACCAAGUCAAGACUAUAUGAUUGAUAAUCAAGAUCUAUAUGGUAAUAUAUACAGGUCUAACCUUUCUAAGUGCAUCAAAUCGGUUGCGCAUCUUGAUUAAAAACAUGUAAAGAUUUGGAGAAUAUCUUGUCGACGCCCAGUUGACUGCACACAUGUUCUGCAAAUCCUGCAAUCAACCGAAAUCUGCACGGCAGUAGCCAUGUUGUUUACGAACCGGAUGUUGAUUUCGUUACGCGAUUUUGAUUGGACUUUGCAUUGACUCAUUAGUCCAGCCUAAAUAUAACUCCGGAGUUCCAGCCUAGUCCGGCAAGGGUGGAAACUGGACUUUUAUAGUCAUUUGAUUCCCCUGCGUCAGGAGGAUGGUGAACACAUACGGCUGUUGUAUGGUUUAGUUAUAAUUUUUAUCCAAUGAAUUAAGCUAAGACAGAGUUCAAGAGAGUGCUCAGAACAAUAUGCAAUCAGAAUACAACUCCAUAUACAUUUGGCGAAAAGUUGGCUUUUCCUGAAACACUGAAGGAAUAAAUUGAGGCAAAGUUAGUGUGUCAAGGGGGAGGCACGAGGGUAUAUUGAAUCAGCUACACCCAAUUGAUUUCACAAAAUAUGAAUGUCAAGUUAGCAUUAUAGCAGUGUUGUUUCUGCUAUUCUUUAAACAUGUUAAUUAGUCCAGUACUUUUUGUGAUGUGUCAGCAAAAUGUUUUGUUUUUUCAAGAUUUGAAUUUGUCUAUGAUAAAAUAGUUUCUACGGAUCCAUGAUCCAACAAACGUAAGUAAUGGCAUUAGCUUGAUUGACCAGUUUGAA